AUGGCUCAUUGUCCGAAACCGGCAUCAGGAUUUAUCUUUCGGUUCGGAAUCCCGCCUGAUCCCGACCGGGAUCCGGAUCUCGGCCAACUAAUUAAUAUUUUAUACAAAAAUUAUUUUAGUAAAUAUUAUGUGCAUAAUGGUUACCCACUCAAUCCAGUGGCUCGAACUGGCUUUAAAGGCCGCGGAUCGAAUAAUCAGUGGGGGCCGACUAUCGGAUUUGGAGCGAUAUUAUAUGUUACAGAUAAAGAAGACUCUAAUAAAUUUGAAUUUAUUGGUGUUGAAAAUGGCAAGUAUGAGAAGAGAUCGUUUAUCGUCACGCCAGGCGGGUUUAUUGAUACAGGAGAGAAAUUUGAAUAUGGAGCAAGAAGGCGGUUAAUAGAGGAAGCUUUUGGCCCAAAUAAACAAAGAAACAAAGAAGAAUUUGAAAAGAUUGAAAAAAUUAUUGGUAAAGGAGAAUUGGUUAAAUUUGGUAUUAACGAUUUAAAUCAGUUAGAUACAGACAACGCAUGGACAGAGUCCAUUACAUUCGCAUUUGGCAUUGAUUCUACUAUUAAAAAAGAAUUAAAAUUAAAAAAGGGUAGUGAAGCAAAGCAAGUUAUGUGGAUACAAAUAGAGCCUGUUGAUAAGGGAAUUAAUGUUAAAGCUGAAUUAGAAAAAUUGUUUAGUUUGGAGGAACGUAUAGAUUAUAUUCUUGAAAAUUUUGAGGCCUGCUUGACAUCACCAAAAGAGGAGAAAACACCUCUUAAAGAGACACCCCAAGAAGAGAAAGCACAUCAUAAGGAGGAAAAAACACCCCAUGAAGAGAAAAUGCAUCAUAAAGAGGAGAAAACACCCCAUAAGGAGGAGAAUAAAACUGAAACUGACUCAAAAGAUAAUACUAAGAAUUUAAAUGAACAAGAAUCCAAAAUUUGUUAUAAAUUUAAUUCUGAUAAAAUGCUUUAUAUGCAAGAUGUUGCUUAUUUAUAUUUAAUUAAAAAAUAUAAUGAGAAAACAUUCUUGGAAAUACUUGCAAAUAAAAAAGUGAAGAAAGAUGAACAUGAACUGAUUUUCAAGGAGAAGGACGAAGGUUUGAACGAGAAUGAGGAAAAUUUGAAGAAAGGAGAAAGUUUGGAGGAAGAGGAAGAAAGUUUAAAUGAAGAGAAUGUUGGAGAAAAUGUUGGAGAAGAUGCUGCGAACAAGUAUAAUUCUAUUUAA